AUUUCUUAUUUCCCACUAUUUUCGUGUUCCAUCUACAAAUGAUGUGUUAAAGUGUGUUAUAAAUUGUUGUUUACGUAACCAUGUGCGACAGCGACGACCCCGCCGACCAAGACCGCGGUGGCGUCGACUUGACCGGGUUUCUGUUUGGCAACAUAGAUGAAUCGGGUCAGUUGGAAGACGAUGGAUUGCUCGAUGGGGACUCCAAGCGCAUGUUGUCUUCACUCAGUCGGCUGGGGCUUGGCUCUAUGCUGUCUGAGGUGCUGGAAAAUGAAGAGAAAGUAAAAGAGGAAGAGGAAAAAGAUUACACAAUUAAAAGCCCUUCUGCCGUGGACUUUUUUGACAUUGAUGAUGUCGCCGAGGAUGCUCAAGAAGACACUAGUACUAAUCGGGAAGCACCGGAUAUACACACACAAACAGAAGUUAAAGAUGAUGAGAUGGAUAUUGACACGGCCGUGUCAGUAGAUGUUAAAAGUGAUUGUCCACAGAGCGAAGCGAAUGAGAAUUGGAAGGACAAAGAGAUUUUUCAGCAGGAGGAGCAGAGGGCGGGCGAUGAUGGAUAUGAGGGUGACAUGGAGGGGGAUGGAGGGCUUAUGCCUCCGCCUUCAACUAUUCCGGACAGAUCGUUAAAGACCCAGACAUCAGAAAAUAAGAAACUGGAGACACCGCUGGCUGCAAUGUUACCUUCGAAAUAUGCUAACACUGAUGUUACAGAACUCUUCCCAGACUUCAGACCUGAUAAAGUUCUUCUUUUCUCAAGGCUCUUUGGCCCUGGCAAAUUAUCAAGUCUACCUCAAAUAUGGCGCUACGUGAAGAAACGCAGGCGACGGCGUCGUAGCGGAAGCACUAGUAGCGACACUCCCGCUCAACCUCCUGAAAAUUAUGAACCUCAGUACGCGAGCGAUGAUGAGGAUAAACUACUUAGACCAAUGGAAGAAAACCAACAGUCAAACAACGAUAGCAACAACGCUCAAUCUGGCGACAAGUCUCAACGCCCCACGCCCGCGCAUUGGCGUUUCGGUCCGGCCCAAGUGUGGUACGAUAUGCUGAACGUGCCUGAGACGGGAGAUGGCUUCGAUUACGGGUUUAAAGUGAAGGCUCAAUCGCCAGAACGUGAAAACGAAUCAAAGGAGAGGCCAGAAGAAGAGACCAAUACCGAAGAGGAGGCCGCUGACAGUCUCGACAGUGGGUUCCCUGAGGACUCGUUCCUUAUGGUAUCUCAAUUGCAGUGGGAAGAUGAUGUCAUUUGGGAUGGCAGCGAGAUUAAACAUAAGGUGCUAGCACGGCUGAACAGCAAGAGCAACGCAGCAGGCUGGGUGCCCACAUCAGUGAGCAGGACGGCUCAACAGUUCUCUCACCCGCGCCCGCAGCCUGCGCCGCUCCCCACCAAGCCCACCACUUCGUCAACGUCAACCACAAACCCUCAACCGUCCGCGUCUGCUGACGGUGAAGACAACACUUGGUACAGUAUAUUCCCCGUCGAGAACGAAGAACUAGUAUACGGUACAUGGGAAGAUGAAGUUAUCUGGGAUGCUGAAAACAUGUCCAAGAUCCCGAAACCGAAAAUACUUACGUUGGACCCCAACGAUGAGAACAUUAUAUUGGGGAUACCGGAUGAUGUGGACCCAUCCAAGAUUACUAGAGAACGAGGCCCUCAACCCAAAGUGAAGAUUCCGCACCCUCACGUCAAGAAAUCCAAGAUCUUGCUAGGAAAAGCUGGGGUUAUCAACGUAUUGCAAGAGGACGCACCACCGCCGCCGCCCAAGUCUCCUGAUCGGGAUCCCUUCAAUAUCUCCAACGAUGUCUUCUACCAGCCCAAAUCUCAAAACCCGCGCCUCAAAGUCGGCGGCGGGCAACUGAUCCAGCACAGCACCCCCGUCGUGGAGCUCCGCGCGCCCUUCAUGCAGACGCACAUGGGCCCCGCGCGCCUCCGCGCCUUCCACCGCCCGGCGCUCCGCAAGCUGUCCUACGGGCAGCUGGCCAACCCCGGCCCGCACCCUGUGCAGCCCCUGAUCAAACAUAUCAGGAAGAAGGCCAAGCAACGUGAAGCGGAACGCUUAGCCUCAGGAGGCGGCGACGUGUUCUUCAUGAGAACACCAGAAGACCUCAGCGGCCGCGAUGGAGAAUUGGUGCUAGUAGAGUUUUGUGAGGAACACCCACCGCUGAUCAGUCAAGUGGGCAUGUGCACCAAGAUCAAGAACUAUUACAAACGAAGUGCAACGAAGGACAGCGGCCCGAAACCUCUGAAAUACGGUGAAGUUGCGUACGCGCACACAUCGCCCUUCCUCGGUAUAUUACCCCCCGGCGCCACCCAACCCGUCGUCGAGAACAACAUGUACAGAGCGCCUAUAUACGAACACAACAUACCACCUUCGGACUUCCUCGUCAUACGCACAAGACAAGCGUACUACAUCCGUGAAAUCGACGCAUUAUACGUGGUAGGCCAGGAAUGUCCACUUUAUGAGGUGCCUGGACCCAACUCGAAAAGGGCCAACAACUUCGUUAGAGAUUUCCUACAGGUUUACAUCUAUCGCCUAUUCUGGAAAUCCCGUGACAACCCACGCCGUAUCAAAAUGGACGACAUUAAGAGAGCUUUCCCAUCUCACUCUGAAAGCUCAAUAAGAAAACGUCUGAAGCUUUGCGCAGAUUUCAAGCGUACUGGAUUAGAUUCAAAUUGGUGGGUAAUAAAACCCGAAUUCCGUCUGCCGUCUGAAGAGGAGAUCCGCGCAAUGGUGUCCCCCGAGCAAUGUUGCGCGUACUUUAGCAUGGCGUCGGCUGAACAACGGCUGAAGGACGCUGGCUAUGGAGAGAAGUUCAUCUUCACCCCGCAGGAGGACGAUGAUGAAGAGCUGCAGUUGAAGAUGGAUGACGAGGUGAAAGUGGCCCCCUGGAACACGACGCGCGCCUACAUCCAGGCCAUGCGCGGCAAGUGCCUGCUGCAGCUCACCGGGCCCGCCGACCCCACCGGCUGCGGCGAGGGCUUCUCCUACGUGCGCGUGCCCAACAAGCCCACCCAGCAGCCCGCGGACGAGGCUCAGCCGAAGAGGACCGUUACCGGGACCGAUGCGGACUUGAGGAGGCUUAGCUUGAAUAAUGCUAAGGCGCUGUUGAGGAAGUUUGGUGUUCCUGAGGAAGAGAUUAAGAAACUGUCUCGAUGGGAGGUCAUAGACGUCGUCAGAACGCUAUCGACCGAAAAGGCAAAGGCGGGUGAGGAAGGCAUGACGAAGUUCUCCAGAGGAAAUCGUUUCUCAAUUGCAGAACAUCAAGAAAGAUAUAAAGAAGAAUGCCAGCGUAUAUUCGAGCUUCAAAACCGGGUGCUGGCGAGUGCUGAGGUGCUUAGUACGGACGAGGCGGAGAGUUCUGUCAGUGAAGAGUCUGACAUGGAAGAAAUGGGCAAAAAUCUCGAGAACAUGCUGGCUAACAAGAAAACUACGGAGCAGUUGUCUAUGGAAAGGGAGGAAGCUGAAAGAGCUGAACUACGGAAGAUGAUUCUCGGUCAAGACAAGAAACCGCAGAUCAACCAGCAGGAUCAGCAGCAGAUUUCCAGUCAAGGUCGAGUCCUCCGCAUAGUCCGCACAUUCCGCAACGCGUCAGGCCAGCGCUACACACGCGUCGAGUUUGUACGGAAGGCCGCCGUAAUAGAAGCCUACACCAAAAUCCGGUCUACAAAAGAUGACGCUUUCAUCCGACAGUUCGCGACUAUGGACGAAACUCAAAAGGAGGAGAUGAAACGAGAAAAAAGGAGGAUUCAGGAACAACUGAGACGUAUCAAACGAAAUCAGGAGAGAGAAAGACUGGCUGGCAAUGUUACUACGCCUGGCGUAUUCAAUACUGACAGCAUGAGUAUGUCGUCAUCCAACGACUUGGGAUCAGCGUCUCCAGGACUCAUUCCUUUAGGCCAGAUUAAACAGGAACCGGACCUGCACACCCCGUCCCGUCGGCGAGCUAAACUGAAACCGGACUUGAAGCUUAAGUGCGGCGCAUGCGGCCAAGUAGGGCACAUGCGUACGAACAAAGCGUGCCCUCUAUACACCGGGUCCAUGGGAGGGGGACCCUCCUCCCCCCCGGAAACGGACGUCGAGCCCAUUCCGGAGCCGGAUGAAGAAGACACCGGAUAUGUCGACGGGGUCAAACUUACCCUGCCCACUAAGGUUAUGAAGCAAACCGCCGACGAGCUGAAGCGUCGCGGCGGCGGGCGCCGCGGCGAGGGCCGGCCGGGCGCGGGCGGUGCGGGGGGUGCGGGGGGCGCGGGGGGCGCGGGGGGCCGCAAGCAGCGCCGCGGCACGCUCACCGACUCCUGCGACUACUUCGUCAAGAGACCGGCAGAACGACGAAGAACUGACCCACUAGUCACUCUGUCCUCGCUUCUGGAGGAUGUGUUGAGUCACAUGCGGCAUCUACCUGAUGUUCAACCCUUCUUGUUACCCGUCAAUCCUAAGUUGGUAGCAGACUAUUACCUCAUCAUAUCUCGCCCGAUGGACUUGCAGACCAUCCGCGACAACCUGCGCCAGAAGCACUACCAUAGCCGGGAGGAUUUCCUCGCCGACGUCAACCAGAUCGUCGAGAACUCGACCUUAUACAACGGUGCGACAAGUAGCCUGACGGUGGCGGCGCAGCGGAUGCUGCAGAGAUGCGUAGAAAAACUGGCAGAGAAAGAGGAACAGCUGAUGAAGUUGGAGAAACAGAUCAACCCACUGCUCGACGACAAUGAUCAGGUGGCGCUGUCGUUCAUUCUUGAAAACUUGCUGACUACUAAGCUUAAGGUGAUGCCGGAGGCCUGGCCGUUCCUCAAGCCAGUCAAUAAGAAGCAAGUUAAGGACUACUAUAAUGUUAUCAAAAAACCGAUAGACAUGGAAACCAUGGGGAAGAAGAUACAAGCUCACAAAUACCACAGCCGCGCGGAGUUCCUGCGCGACAUCCAACUUAUUGUAGAUAACUGCAAAGCCUACAACGGACUCAACUCACAGUUCACGAGGCAGGCCGAAGCCAUUCUCAAGGUCACCCAAGACGCGCUUGAACAGUUCGGUGAGAACGUGAGCCAACUGGAGACGAACAUAGCUCGCGUACAACAAAAGAUGUUAGAAGAGGCAGAGCAGUCCGACGAACCUGAGGAACCGCCGCCGCCAAGCGACGAGAAACGCGGCCGCGGACGCCCGAGGAAGUACAAGCCACCCAGGACAUCAGUUGAUGGAGCCACACCAAGGAAGCGAGGUCGACCAAGGAAAGACCAGAAUAGUUUGGAAGAAGAUCUGCAAUACUCGGACAGCGGCAGCUCGGGGCUGGAAGAGGUGGAGACAAACGAAGAUACUAUGGUUCAGCUCUCUGUUCGCCCAGAAGAUGACUCAAUGGUAGAGCCGUUCGACACAUCGGAGUUCCUAAUAAAGCGCGAGCCCGUCGAGCCGCAGCAAGACUUCGUCGACCUCGACCAGCAUUCGUCGCAGUACACCUUCCCUACUGUCAUCAAGGAGGAGCCAAUCGAACCGGACAUGCACAUGGAGCCGCCCAUGAUGGAGGGUUCUUCUAUAGAACCACCGCAGUUCAAAGAGGAGCCGCCUGAGAACUGGCAGCCUGAUCCUGCUAUACAGGAUGAUCUCCAAGUUACAGACAGCGAAGAAGAAGCCGAAGACGGGUUAUGGUUUUAAAUAUAUCAUUCAUUUACCUACUGGAAUAUAAAAUACAACUAGAGUGAAACCAAGACAAGUCUGCAAUGAUUUUGGUAGCACAC